ACAUCUGCGAUCCAAACAAACUGAGCUGUCAGUUGUUUCAAUAAAGGGCUUCAAAGGCUAGAGCAGAUCAGUCCCCUCCAUGGUAGUGGUGACUGAGGGAAGCUGUUUUUAAUGGUGAUUAACAUUGAAAAAGAUCAAACAUGUCUAAAAAUUAUAGCCACCAAUCUUGGCAGUGCUCUAAGCUUUGAAUAGUUUCAGACUCUCUUAAAGGGAUAUGCCCAUCUCCAUCAACACAUCAUUUCUGAAUGCAAAACUACUGUUGUUUUGACAAUGCAUAAAUUCCCAAACAACAGCACAAACCCAGAAGAACGCUUGAACAUGAAAAUGGAAAGAGAAAAGGCUAUUAUGAGAGAUCAGCUAGAACCAAGGGAUACUUUCAAAAUUGCCUACCUAAUCCAUUUCUUGCUUGGUGUUGGCAAUUUGCUACCUUGGAAUGCUUCAAUCACUGCAGUUGAUUACUUUGGCUACCUGUAUCCAACCAAACACGUCGAGAAGGUUUUCUCCGUGGCUUACAUGACUUCUUCUGUGCUCCUUCUGGUUCUUAUGAUUGCUUGGGAUGGAUGGUCUAAGAAGACGAGCUUUAGAUUUCGAAUGAACUUGGGAUUUUCUUUGUUUAUCCUGUCUAUUCUGGUGUCUCCUAUUAUGGAUUGGGCUUCAAGCAUGACUGGUUCAAACUGGAGACCAAACGAAGCUUACGGAGUGAUAGUUGCAUCAGUUGUCGCAUGCGGUUUGGCCGAUGGCUUAGUAGCAGGAAGUUUGAUAGGAUCGGCUGGCAGACUGCCAAAACAAUUUAUGCAGGCUGUAUUUGCAGGGACUGCUUCUUCAGGUGUUCUAGUUUCAAUCUUGAGGAUUAUUACAAAGGCCUUACUUACACAAUCGCCCAAGGGUCUUCAAAAGAGUGCGCAUUUGUACUUCAUCGUUGGCGCUUCGAUUCUCUUCUGCUGCAUAGUGUCAUGUAACUUGUUGUGCAAGCUGCCAGUGAUGCAGCAUUAUUACAGAGAACUUCUAGAUGAACCUCCAUGUUCAAAAUCCAAGUUCUGGAUAGUGGUGGGUAAAAUCCGGUGGCCUGCAUUCGGAAUUUUCAUAACUUAUGUCGUUACGCUAUCAAUUUUUCCAGGAUUCAUAGCCGAGGACCUGGAAUCAAAACUGCUUCAAGAUUGGUAUCCUAUUCUACUGAUCACAAUAUACAAUAUUGCAGACUUAGUUGGAAAAUCUCUAACUGCAAUAUAUAUUUUGAAAAACAUCAAGAAAGCAACAUGGUUUUGCAUCACCAGGCUUCUCUUUUAUCCACUGUUCAUGGCCUGCAUCCAUGGACCUAGGUGGCUGAAAACCGAACUGCCCGUGAUUGUUCUGACUUUUUUGCUUGGCUUGAGCAACGGAUAUCUGACUAGUGUCAUCAUGAUCAGUACUCCCAAGUUAUUACCUGCAUCAGAGGCAGAGUUAUCUGCCAUUGUAAUGGUUGUGUUCCUGGGCAUUGGGUUGGUAGGUGGCUCAAUUCUAGGCUGGUUUUGGAUCCUUUGAAGUUGAAACAAACUCUAUAAAUUGUUCAGUACCCCGUUCAAAGCAGUUCACCAAAGUGGUACAACAAGCUAAUAAAAAUGCUUGUCCAAAUUAGUCUUGAUAGGGAACUUUUUGCCAAUUUUCAACAAGAUAUAUAGUGUGCAAGCAGACAAGAUAACAGGCCUAACAUUCAAGCCACUACCAUGUUCAACUGCUGAAAAAGGCAAACCGAAUUGAAGAGAUGAAGAAGAAGCUGACAAGAAAGUUUUUCACUCAAGUGGCAUCUCUCUCCAUGUUCAAUCUUGGGUAAUAGUAACAGAUGUAGCACUAGAAAUUAGUUGUAUUAGUUUCAUCGUUUCUUUCUUCUUACAGGUAAAUUCAGACUUGCAGGCUGACCAUGAAUAAUCAGCAAUAGCGCCCUUUUCUGAAAAUGUAUAGAGUCCAUAUCAUUCAGUUGUUAAUGCAACUCAGAACCAAAACAUGCACCAGUGAAGAAGAGUGAGACUGUGAGACAGAGACACAGAAAGAGUACUCUCUAAAUAUUAAGCUAAAAUAUAUCUUAUCUUCUUUCUACAACUUUCAUUCCGUAGGGAGAAAUUCAAUAUCUUUGGACGAUACAACUCACUACUGCACAAAAAAAGAAUACUAAUACUAAGGCCAAGAAGAGAAUAUAAACAGGGUCAAGAGAUGUUAUCUCUGAAGCUAUGAUACAAAAGAUAUGAAGCCAGGAUGAGUCUUAAGAACUAAGAAGCAGCAGCAAGAGGAGGUGGGGG